CAAUGUUUACAACAUGUUCUCAAUGACUGGCUGUGUGUUACUGAGGCAAGUCUCUACAAUAUGAUGAAAUAUUUCCUGGAGGCUUGUCAAAUAGGAUAUCCUAUUGACAGAGAAGCAACUUCCCUUUCAGCUCCUUCUGUGAAGUGAACAAAGGCUUAAAGACAGCAUGUCUCCCUUUAAGGACUUGAAAUUGGCUUUGGAAGUGCUGAACCAAGAGGGCACUUAUUCCGAAGGAGAUACUGUUAUAGGCACUCUUUCUUUCUCUCUGAAGAGUGACACCAAAGUGAAGAGCAUUUCAGUGAAGGCCAAAGGGGAUGCCAACGUGCUUUGGACGGAAGAUGAUGAGACCUACUCUGCGCACGAGAGAUAUUUUAAAAUCAAAGAGGACUUGGUUGCAAAAAAUCCUGGAGGCACUGUUCUUCCCCGAGGGGCCCAUAAUAUCAAUUUCACACUUAAAAUCCCUCAGGGGAAAAUGCCAUCCUCCUUCAAAAAGAAAAAUGGAAAAAUUGUGUACAUGGUUGAAGCAAAAAUUUCCAGAAGCUGGCGAUGGCCUUCAUCAGUAACAACAGAGAUCAAGUUUGAUUCAAAGUCUUUUCCACCAAUUCAACAAGCCAUGCGUCCAUUAAAUGGUUCUGUGGAUAAAGAGUUGGGAACUUUCUCCAAAGGACAGCUCCAAAUGACUGCUUCGGUUAACCGAGGAGUUUGCUUUCCAGGUGAAACGUUGUCUGCGUAUGCCAGAAUCUGCAACUCUUCUUCAAAAAACGUGAAGCCCAAAUUCAGUUUGCACCGCAAGAUUGUGUACAGAGUCAAAAAGCACACCAAGACCAGUGAUAAAGUCAUAUUUAAAAUGGUUGGAGACCCAAUCACUCCAAGGUCAGAGGUGACGGUUCCCUGUGCAGUGAAGAUUCCUGUUGAUGCUGUCUACACUCUCCAUAACUGUCAAAUCAUCUCGGUUGAAUAUUACCUCAAGGUGUAUUUGGACGUCAGCUUUGCUUUUGAUCCAGAGGUGGUGUUUCCGCUCCUUGUUGUUCCGUCGAACCUUGUCCAUGCUCAGCUCAAUGAGGAAGUGGGGCACAUCUGAUCCUGCAGGAGCUCCAAGUGACAGCAACUUCAAGCCCUCUGUACCCAGUCACAGAUCCCACUCAGCAUUCAAUCAUAUAUCAUAUUAAGUGGGGUGUUUUUUGUAAUCGAUGGUGACAAACUCUGAAUGGUUAUUGCUUUUGAACUUCCACUUCUUCACAGUUUGUUUUUUGUUCAUGCAAGCUUGCAAGUCUCUGUGUUUGCUUUGGGAUAAAUUGGUGGUCCCCUGUGAAGCUGAGAACCUGUCAUAAAUGAUCAAAGCACUGUUUCAGUGGCAAAAGUACAGUUACAAGUACAGAAAAGUGGAUUUCUAUUCUUAAAGAAGGAAUUCUCCAUCCCUCUGUUCAUGUGUCUCUAUGAUGGAUGGUCAAAACAGAAGCUUCAUGGAGUGUUGAUGCCUCCCACAUGCUGUUGUGUCAAAACGGAAAGAACCACAAACUGUUUCCUGCCCUGAGGUGGGAUUUUUUUGUGGUCUCGAAUGCUAUGUCAAUAACUACAAGCAAACACAGGAUGAGUUUCACAUGUCUGUGCUGCCAACUUUACACUUCUCAUCUUUCCAUGUUGAAUGAAAUUGAGCCUCUCCAAAAACUUUUUUUUUUAAUGUCUUUUACUAAAGUGACUUACGUACAAUAGGACAAAUGUAUAAAACAAAGAUAUAGAAACCAUGCAAUGAACAUCUAACUGCAGCACAAAAACAAUACAGACGCUUGGAGGAUUAAGAAAAUACUACUAAAGUGAACCUGUUCCAUCUUUUCAAAUGAAGUUUCCAAUUUGAUCUCCCUAAUGUGGCAUUACUAUAUUUAUCCCAGUAAGAAGUGGGAACUUUCCCUCCUCUCAGUUGCUCAUGAGUGCAUCAUGAGAUAAUUCCUUAAUUUUUCAAGUCAGUGGGUUUUAUCAAAUUAAAUUCAUAUUAAAUUGGCUUUUGAUCAGUCACAUGAUGUGAGUUGCUUGUUUAAAAUCUUCAAACUGAAGAUGCUACAAUUGUUUCAAUGUUCACUAUUACAGCUGGUGGCUUUGCUCUGCAGAUUCUUGUAAUAAACAUCAUCAAUCAAUCAAUCAAUUUAUUUUUGUAUAGCCCAGUAUCACAACAACA